AACUGUAGAAAUCGCUGGAACAAACCAAUGAUUGUUUUUUUUCAAAGUUUUCAGUCGCAGUUAAAUUAAAAGAUAAAAUUUCAAGACGACUUUUGAACUGAAGAUUUGGAAGAAUUUUGGAGCAGUGUUUUUGCCGUGAAGAAGCCCACGUCUUCGGAGACUUUGGAGAUUUCUGGAUUGUAAUAUUUUUGUGUGAUUUAUUUAUUAUUUCUUUUAUUUCCUGGACACUGGAAGAGUCGAUCAAAAUGAGUAAACCUCACUCGGGUCUGAGCUCCGAGGCCACGGAAAAGGCACGACUCGAGCUCAACGAGAAUCCAGACACCCUGCACCACGACAUACAACAGGUGCGGGACAUGAUCGUGACGCGUCCCGACAUCGGUUUCCUCAGAACAGACGAUGACUUCAUCCUGCGCUUCCUCAGGGCGCGGAAAUUCAACCAAUCAGAGUCCUUCAGACUGCUGAGUCAGUACUUCCUGUUCCGCCAGCAGCACCUGCACAUCUUCCACAGCUUCAAGGUGGACGACCCGGGCAUCAAGCGGGCGCUGAUGGACGGGUUUCCUGGAGUCUUGGAGACGCCCGACCAACACGGACGAAAGAUCCUCCUGCUGUUCGCCUCCAACUGGGACCAGAACAGACACUCGUUCAUGGACAUCCUGAGGGCCAUCCUUCUGUCUCUGGAGGUUCUGAUAGAAAACCCCGAGCUGCAGGUGAACGGCUUCGUCCUCAUCAUCGACUGGAGCAACUUCUCCUUCAAACAGGCGUCCAAACUCACCCCCAACGUGCUCCGGCUCGCCAUCGAAGGACUCCAGGACAGUUUUCCGGCGCGGUUUGGAGGGAUCCAUUUUGUGAACCAGCCGUGGUACAUCCAGGCCAUGUACACCAUCAUCAAACCCUUCCUGAAGGACAAGACGCGCAAAAGGAUCUACCUCCACGGGAACAACCUGACGUCGCUGCAGCAGCUGAUCGGGGUGGAGUGUUUGCCGUCGGAGUUCGGAGGGUCUCUGCCUCCGUACGACGUGGGUCUGUGGGCCCGGACCCUCCUGGGACCCGACUACAGCGACGAGUCCGAGUACACGCUGACCUACGACGCCCUGCACGUCAUCAACAGGUCUCAGUCGGUGGUGGAGCCUGGGACCCUGAAAUCUGCCGACAGAGAAACCAGCACCCCCCUGCUCGCCCUGGACUGACACUACUGCAGUACAACACAAGUACUGCAUCAAAUACCACAAGUACUUCAU